CAGUACCUCCUCUGAUUAUAUAAGGCCACUUCCCGCACGUUUUUCCACUCCUAUUCGGAACGCGCUACCAGACAAAAAUAUUAGUGACUAUUAUUUUCCUCUCCGUUGUCAUUCUUUCUUUCUUUUAUUCUUUCUUUGAUACAAUAAUCUAAUAAUAAUCCACUGGUCUGGAAAAGAUUGGUGAAAAGAAACUUUUUUCUGUUAGUCUGCUAUAAUUUUUUAUUUCGGUUAUAGUAUCUCUUAGGAGAAAGCAGUGCUGAAAAAAGACCCAACAACUCCUCUUUAAUUUGUUGGUUUAGUUGUAAAUUGUGUUUUCCUUUUUGUUUUAGACUUUGCCGUUACAUUUUACCUGAUCUCAUAUCCGUAGCAACUUAAUCUUGUUUUUUGAAAAUCCUUGAUAUAUUUGAUUAUUCCUUUAAUUUUACCGUCAUUCCUGGCUUUUUUUUGGUACCUUUUUUGAUUUUAUUUUUUGCCUUGCUCAUCCAUUUGACUAGUUCGUCGAUAUGAGCUCAAUUCCUACUGCUGCCGUUGACGGUGGCAUCGAUAUUGUCUUAACUAAUGACUCCCAUGAAAAAGAUGAUAUGAAAAAACAACAGGGAGAAGCUACUGUUUUUACCGAUGAGCAAUCAGUGUACAGCCAUGAUUCUCCCGAGAAGACCAUCACUAAUGGUAUUCUCGUCGAUGGCGAAACGUAUUUCCCUCCUACUGAAGAGGAGUUGAAUACGCUUGUGCGUAUCCCCACUCGUAUUCCCUACUCUGCGUGGGUCAUUGUCAUCGUCGAACUUUGCGAGCGAUUCGCUUACUAUGGUCUAACUGUCCCUUUUCAAAACUACAUGCAAUAUGGUCCUCACGAUAAUCCCAAGGGUGCUUUGGGCCUUGGUCAAUCCGGUGCUACCGGCCUUUCUAACUUUUUCCAAUUUUGGUGUUAUGUAACUCCUGUCUUUGCAGCUUUUAUUGCCGAUCAAUUUUUGGGUCGAUACAACACCAUUUGGAUCAGUGCCUCAAUUUACUUCUUUGGUAUUCUCAUUCUUACCUGCACUGCCAUUCCCUCUGUCGUGGAUGCUGGAAAAAGUAUGGGUGGUUUCGUUGUUUCUCUCAUUAUCAUUGGUUUGGGUACUGGCGGUAUUAAAUCGAACGUUUCCCCUUUGAUGGCCGAGCAACUCCCAAAGGUUCCACCUUAUGUCAAAACAGAAAAGAGUGGAAGGCGUGUCAUCAUUGAUCCUGCUGUCACUACCUCUCGUGUCUACAUGCUUUUUUACUGGGCUAUUAACCUUGGAUCUCUUUCUGUUCUUGCUACAACUAAUUUAGAGCAUAAAACUGGGUUUGUCUACUGCUACUUGCUUCCGCUUUGUAUUUUCGUUAUUCCCUUAGGCAUCCUCUUUGGCACCAAGCGUAUUUACAAACACACUCCUCCUACGGGCUCUGUCUUUGUAAAAGUCAGUCAAAUCAUUUACUUGGCUGUACAGAACAAGUUCAAUUUCCAAGCUACUAAACCUUCUUGUCCCAAUACCAAGGGUAAGACGCAACUCAAAAAUAAUUGGGAUGAUUUGUUCAUUGAUGAAUUCUUGCGUGCUUUGCGUGCCUGUAAAACUUUCCUCUUCUUCCCCAUCUACUGGGUCUGCUAUAAUCAAAUGACAAACAACUUGAUUUCUCAAGCUGCCAAUAUGGAUACUGGUGGUGUUUCCAACGAUAUUUUCCAAGUCUUCGACUCCAUUGCUCUCAUUAUUUUCAUCCCAGUUUGCGAUUACGGAUUGUAUGUUCUUUUGCGUCGCCUGCGCAUACCUUUCCGUCCUAUUACCCGUAUCACUGUAGGUUUCAUGUUCGCUUCAGCUUCCAUGAUUUAUGCGUCCGUCUUGCAAUCUAAGAUAUAUCAGACCGGUCCCUGCUUCAGCAACUUUACCGAUAAUUGCUCUUAUAACUACAUCAAUGUUUGGAUCCAAAUCCCUGCUUAUGUCUUAAUUGCUUUCUCCGAAAUUUUUGCUAGUGUCACUGGUUAUGAGUAUUCUUAUACUAAGGCCCCUGCUUCCAUGAAAUCCAUCAUUACCUCUUUAUUCUUAUUAACCAAUGCUUUUGGUGCUAUUCUGUCCAUUUGUAUUUCCUCUACUGCUGUGAAUCCCAAGAUUACCUGGAUGUAUGCUGGUAUUGCUAUUACCGCUUUUAUCGCCGGUAUUGCCUUUUAUUUGUGCUUCCAUCAUUAUGACAACAUGGAAGAGGAGGAAAACAAACUUGACUACAUCCGUGCAAGCGAUGAGCAAAAGAAUGCUGUUGCUACUGAGGUUGUAGAAAGCUAUUCUCUCGAUAAAGCGGGCACGAACAGCAACUCUCAAAAUGCCGAGAAAUUUACAGCUGCUGAAGAAGCCUUCAAGGCUUGAGAUAUCGUUUAGGGAAACCCUGAAUUAAAAAGUAAGGACCGUUUUGUUCUUGUUAUGCUGUUUUAGUCCAUUAUGCCCUUCACCGGUUGAAUUUAACCGUUUUAGUCGGGUUAAUUAGACUGUGUAUUUUUAUUUUGAUAUCUCCUUAUGUUUUUGUUUAGUUUAUAUUUUUUGUGCAUUUUUGUUGAUUAUUAAUCUGUUGCAUUAGUAUCUUGUAACUUGCAAUUAAUACCAAUUCUUCUUACCUAUUAUAUAGUUGGUGUCGAUUAAUAUUACGAGAGGUCUAUGAUUACCUAGAUAGCCUAACAACAUGAAUGGAGUUUAUUAGAAAGAAAGAAAUCAAAAAGAAAAA